CUCCUCCUCAAGACGGUCAGCACUCUCGAACUACUUUAGUGCCGUGCUCGAGCAAAGAAAAGCUGUCAAGAUGGUCGCGGAUAUCAAGCGGACCGUGAAGCUCGUCACGGAGCAGCGCAACAUUGACAAGCCUUCCGAAAUGGAAGGUUUUCCAAUGAAGACCUGGAACAUUGAGAUUUAUCUCCUCGAUGAAGCAGGCCAUGAGAAGCCGGCCAACUGUUUCACAAAAGCUGUGUACAACUUGCAUCCCUCCUUUGCCAAUCCUGUCCAAACCUUCCAUGAACCACCCUUUCGAUGCGAGAACGAGGGAUGGGGAGAGUUUGACAUGACAAUUGACCUCUAUACUACCGAGAAGGGCGGCAAGAACACUCUCACCCAUGACUUGAACUUUGCCAAGAACCGUUACGAGGCAAAGCAUGUUGUCAACUUCAAGAACCCAAGCGCCGCCCUCAUCAACAUUCUACGUGAAAGCGGUCCAGUUCCAGGUGAUGAGAACGGUGCGAAGAGGAAGGGUGGAGAGAAGGUACCACGGAAGAAGACUAUAAACUCUGUGGACAUGGAGAAGUUGGCAGACGGCUUGGUCAAACUUGGAGAGGAUGACCUGCUGCAGGUUGUUCAAAUGAUACAUGACAACAAGUCUGAGGAUACGUACACAAAGAACGAUAUCGAGCAGGGCGAGUUCCAUGUCGAUCUGUACACCUUACCAGAUACGCUGGUCAAGAUGCUUUGGGACUUCGUUCAACAAAAUAGCCGGGCAUGAACCAAGCAGAGCGAAAGUGUCUUAUUCCAAAUCUACCGCAUAUUGCAGUACUCUCUGGAAGUUGCAUUUGGGCAUGGUAACCUGGAUGGGUCGUUUUCACAUCACUUUCUUUGUUCUAUCUCUGGCGUUCUACUGCGGUGGGACUGGGUCGUGGGUAUGGUUCUAGCAAUCUUUUCUGAUCAUUCGUG